AUGCCCACCGACAUGUCUAUGGUACCUUAUAACGGGGGAAACACUGAUGUUGUUUUGCGACACAAUGACUCGGUGGUUGUCUUUGACCAUGAUUCGCAACAGCUCGUUCUCCGCAAUACGUCAGAUGCGGACAAUGACCAUAUGGAGCUAGCCAACUGCCCAUUCUGUCAUCGCUCAAUGCGCGAUAAUAGUAGAGAACAACAUUGUGCGAAUAAUGAAACGCAAGAGGAAUUUGUUAAUCCGAACUACUUUCACAUGCUCAACAAUAGCCUUCCCAGCUCCACAACAUCCUCGUCUCCUCCUUCCCCACGCCAUCGCCUCGUUCAGCCUGCGCUCCCCCGUGGUCCUACCAAUAAUCCACCCGUUCAACCAACCUCAUCGCCACAACCGUCGCCGCAAGGAAUCUCCUCUGCAGCAUUCAGUCCAGAUUACUUCAAGAGGUUCUUUGUGGAGGAACGAGUGUUGGGCAAAGGUGGAAAAGGUGUGGUGCUCCUAGUGAAGCAUGUCCUGGAUAGUGUGUCCCUUGGUCACUAUGCCUGCAAGCGUGUCCCUGUCGGCGACGAUCAUGAGUGGCUGGAGAAGGUUCUGGGUGAAGUGCAGCUGUUACAACAUCUCUCUCACCAGAACCUUGUCUCGUACCGUCAUGUCUGGCUGGAAAAUGCGAAGAUAAGCACCUUCGGCCCGAGUGUGCCUUGCGCAUUUAUUCUACAGCAAUACUGCAAUGCCGGUGAUUUGCAUGAUUACAUCUGUGGCUCUGUCCAAACUUCGACCACUGCACAACAAUUGAAGGACCGCCUGCGCCGCAAAUCCAAAGGCGAACCAGACCCUCGAACCAAACUGGGAGGACCUCGCACACUUCAACUAGAUGAAAUCUAUUCUUUCUUCCGUGAUAUCACCUCUGGACUCCGUUAUCUUCACGCCAAUGGAUACAUCCAUCGAGACCUGAAACCAAACAACUGUCUGCUCCAUGAGACCGGUGAUGGCAUCAGAGUUUUGGUCAGCGAUUUCGGCGAGGUGCAGUCUCAAAAUGCAAUGCGCCAGUCGACUGGUGCAACCGGUACCCUUUCGUACUGUGCACCCGAAGUUCUUCGCCAAGAAUAUCCUGACGGACCGUUUGGCAACUUUACGUUCAAGUCCGAUAUUUUCUCCCUCGGAAUGAUUCUUUACUUUUUGUGUUUCGCAGCUCUUCCAUACGCGAAUGCCGAUCUCAUACACGAAGAAAAAGAGGACCUGGAUCAACUCCGUGCAGAGAUCACCAGCUGGGCUGGAUUUGACCACGCACGAGCUAUUCGCUCCGAUCUCCCCGAAAAGCUGUAUAGGUUCCUAGAGCGCUUACUCUCAGUUGAUCCCGCCCGACGACCCUCGGCAGACGAGGUGUUAAAUGGCAUCCAAGUCGGUGUCAAUUCAAAUGAAAACUUCCGCUUCAGGAAAGCCAGCACGGGAAGCUCCGACCUGCCUGGGGCUCGAAUUCGCCCAUUGGAUAGCCAACAGCCAUCAGUAGAGCGAACACUCUCUCCCACCAAAAAGCUGCGCCGGAACCCAACAUCCUUCCGACGUGACUCGAUACCUGAAUCUAGCCAUUUUCGAAGCAAUGCGGCGCCUGUGUCCGACCCCAAACCAGAGGAAGGCUCUUUCGGCCCAGAUCGAGAAAUGAUCGUCCGGAACCGGUACUCUAACUCAUCACCAUCAUCUCCAGCCCAACCUCCUCACGGAUCAUCACCACCCCUCGAUCCCCAGCCUCAACCAGUCCCUCAAAAUCAUCUUCUCCCGCCCCCACCGAGCCGCUUCCCCGUCCUUAAUUUCCUAGCGUCUUGGGGUUCAUUCCCACCACCGACUGCCUUGCAGAUCACUCUCUUCCUCGUCAAGAUCACAUCCCUUCUUCAUCCAUGCUCGCCGCUGGCCGUCAAACCCUGGAUCCUUUACCCUCUUCUCCUCUCUGCAGCAUUUACUUUCACAGCACGCAGCGUUCGGGCCCAGACCCUUGCCCUCUUUCUACAUCUACUGGUCGUCGGGCUGGGUUUCCGUCUAGGUGCCUUAUGUACCUGGCAUAGACACUCGAAGAUGAAUUUGUGA